AUGGCCGCAAGGAAAGGGAAGCCGGAGAAGUUCAUAUGCGACCGGAUGAGCAAGUACUUGCCCGACGUCUUCUUCACGUCGUUGCUCGGCAAGAACCUGGCCGUUAUCUGCAGCGCCCCACGGAACAAAUUCCUCUUCUCGGGGCAGAGCAAGUGGGUUGCUUCCCCGUGGCCGUGCUCCAUGAAGAAGGCCUUAAUGUUCCUCACCGUGGUCAACAAUUCCUCCGUUGAAGAGUCGGCAAAGCUUCACAGCUUCCUUCCCGAAUUCCUCAAGCCGGAGACUCUCCAGCAUGACAUCCCUAUCAUGGACUCCAUGGCUACGGAACACUUGGAGAAAGAAUGGUCUCCCUCCAAGGACGUCAAGGUCUUCCUAUCCAAGAAAUACACCUUCACUGGCUUGUGGGUUGUUCAUGCGCGUCGAAGAUCCCAACCACGUGACCCGGUUUCCUCGUCCCUUCACUCUAGCCACGGCCAGUCUCAUGUCCGUGCCAAUCAACUUCCCCGGCAUGACCUACCGCUGAGCCAUCAAAGGAGGGAAAAUGAUCUGCGAAGAGCUCGUCACAAUAAUCAGGAGGAGGAAACAAGAGAUGCGGGAUGA